AGACAGUACUGGAGAGUGAGCGGUGAGGGGGAGGAACAGCAGCAGCAGCAGCAGCAGAGAGGAGCAAGAGGAGGAAGGCUGUCAGUGUCAGUGUGGCAGACGACAUGGCGAGGCCUCAAUGACACAGGAUUUGCAGCACUGGACGCUAGAACGCUCGCAACCAUGGAUGGGUUGGUGGGUGUGGUGGAGGACUGGUUGGGGGACUGUGACCAGGCCUCAGACAGCAGGCAACUGUAUGAGUGUCUGCAGAGUGAUCAGGAGCGCCUCUGCCACGCCAUUUACACCCUUUGUGAUGAACGUUCAAGGUGUCCUGAAUUGUUUGAGAGUUCUGUCAAGCAACUAUUUGCUCUAGCACGCAGCAAGGAUGAAAGGCUGCGUGAGUUUGUUCUUCUUUUCUCUCCAAGUCUCCUCUACAUAUACCUCUCAGCCAUCAGCUUGGGGGACAAAAAGGGUGUGGGCAGUGUGGAAGUAGCUCUCUUGGCACUGUACAACAUGGAGGUGCUUGAUGAACAGGGACAGCCCAGGAUUGCCCCGUUCCGCCUGCCCACUCUUGCACGCCCGUCAGUCUUUCAUGAGCCUGAUAGCCUAGCACCAGCCUCCUUCACUGUGGGCUCCUUGCAACGACUGGAGAUUGGAGACACAGACUCAGUGCGAUGGGGGCCACCCACCCAGAUGACCUCCAUCACAGCUUCCACACGACACCACUUGGCCACAGCCAUCAUGGUUGCCUUCAACGCUCGCCUGGCCACCUUGCCCAAGAUUGCUCUUGUGCACCUCUGCAAGGCUGUCUCCAAGCUGUUGUGUCAGGGCUUCAACCGGCCUGGCCACCACCACCGUUCCUCCUAUGGGAAUGAGAGCAGCUUUGGCCUGUACCCAAGGCCCACGCCCAGGAUACCUAUCACCUCGGAGCUCCUGAAGGAGUUCUUGCAUGCUGUGUACUUCGCCAUGCCAGCUGAACGCAGCCUUCAUGACCUACCACCUAUCACCAGCAUAAGCAUGCCUCUCGCACACUUCCAUUACUCAAGCCACAAUGCCGCCAGGGGAGGGGGAACGCUUUGUCCUGCCAUGAUGCCCAAUUGUGCCGGACAGUGUUACCAUAGUCCCCAUGUCAAACUGCGCAGGUUCAACGAAUUUGCCAGUUUGGGAAUACCAAGCUUGGAAGACAUACACAUGAGGGCACAAUAUGAACUGUUUGCUGAUGUUCUUCUCAUGACAAAUGGCAUCAAGAAUUCCCUCAAAGUCAACCCAAGUGGUCAGCCAAGUGAUGGUCCAAUGGGGAUCAGUGUGGCACUCACCCCCUCCACCACCACCAACACUCCACUCUCCAAAACCUUCAUUACAAAUGCCUCCUUCAGGACCAAGAAGCUGCCAGACGACAUUCCCAUCCAGAGUACGGAGGACGAGCGACCCCUCACCUCCAUCCAGGAGGAAGGGGAUGUGGCUGAGGACAAGAACAAGCCCAUCCGCACCCCUCAGGGGUCCAGCAGGGAGAAAGAUGGCAAGGAGAAGGAGGGCAAGGAGAAGGCCAAGUUUGCUGCCCCUACUAUAUCCAAGCCCAACCUGGGGAAGCGAAAGGACAAGGAGAGGGCAAGAAACGGUGACCGGCGAGAUGGGGAGAAGAAAGGCGAGAAGAAAGAGAAGCAUCGCCAUGACAGGGAGAAAGAAAGUCGCAACGGGACCAACAGCAAUCGCAACAGUGCAGCGAUGAACAGUGACUCAGAUGGUGGUGGCAGCGAUGCCACGGGCCACCAACAGCAACAGCAGUCUCAGCAACUACAUCAACAACAACAGCAACCUCAGCAGAUGCAGCAGCAGCAACAACAAACACAAUCACAGCCACCACAGCAGCAACAACAACAGACACAGCAGUUUGAAAUGAAGGUAAUUCUAACCAAGUCCCCAAGACAUUACGAGAGCAGCAACAGUGGUGGGGAAGACAUGCUGCUGCUCGGUGGGGAGGAAGAGGAGAGCCACAGAGAGGUGGAGGAUCGCAUCCCCCACCAGACCAGGAGUCCUCUGGAGGCAAACGGGGCACAAAACCACAUUGCCAAGAUCAUUUGAGCAGGUAAUUCUGAGCUGCAGAUACAUUUGAUUCCAUUUCACUCAUUCAUUUUACCUUUUCAUUAAGACUACAAGCAAUGGUGGAUCUGGAAAGAAUCUGUAAGGUGCAGGUUUUUCUAUUUUUACCCUCAGAUUGCUGUUUUCUUCAUUCUUCAAAGUGCAUCCAUCCAUUUGGUAUCACAGUUUCAUGAAAUUCAUACGUUCAUGUGAUCAUAAAUGGGGCACCUUUGUACUUUACUUUUAAUCUUCUGAAUUUUAUCCAUCAAAUUAUUCUCGCACUGUGCAUGGUUUUGUUCCAUAAUCUGGUAUUCAUAAGAAGUAAGCAUAUUGUUUUCCUGGAAUUGAAAGGGUUUGACUGUAUGAUUAAUGCUAAUAUGAAAAAAUUGUUAUUCCCAGAAGUUGUUUGCUAAUUAGGAGAGUACAAGUCAGGUUUCAGUGCUCAUCUACAAAUUCUCAGACUUUACAUUAAGAGUAUUAAUGGAUAAUAGUAGUGUUGUGGUGGUGCACAGGCACACUAGUCAUUACAUAGCCUUGGUCCCCUCAAGCUCUGAGCUGGUGGGUACUUAUUCCUCUGUUCCUCCCUUGGGGACUGCCAUACUGUUCAGUAGAAACUGUGGGGCAGGGUAAGGUUUGUAGAUUGCUUCUGACCUGAAACUCUGUCCUAUGAUCUGUUAGAACAUUAGUAACAUUUGGUGGGGUUGUAGUGUGUCUCAAGUAUGAUUAUUGCCUUUUAUAUGAUCUCUACAACCUGACCUUGGUUAUUUAAUUACUUUUUGUAAGUUAAAAGAAUUUGCAUUGUAGUGAAUUGAUUUAUGUGUUACCCCAUUUCUAUUUUGCUGUCUAUCAGUAACAUUUGUUACUAAUAGAACUUUCAGUGAGGUAUAGCAUUGCAUUUAACAAGGGUACAGAUAAUAGUGAUAAAAGAAUAGGUGUGAUAUUUCCAGAAAGUACUAAUUAAGGUCACUCUCCUAUAACUUGUUAUACAUAACAGAUGGGUAGUGAGUUACCUGACUGUUUACUGUUUGCUAGUACUGGAAUCCAUCUCACUGGGUGAAUAUUUAGUCUGCAGCAUCAUGUUAUUGCUGUUGCCCUCAACAAGCUCUUUUCUGUGUGGCCUUGUGUACCUGUGGUACACAGUCCUGGCAACUGAUGACCACUCUGAGAGUCAUUACCUACACUCCAGCCAUUCUUCCACACCUCACCUCAAGCAAUAUAUUGUCUAUGAAAUGAAUGUGGCCAGCUUUUACAGUAUUAUAUGAUGAAAAAAUGAGGCAGCAGAUUUUAACCUUAUAGUAUAGCAAAACUAUUGAGGCUUCCUCAUUUGCAAUGGUGAUUGCUACAAACACUUUGAUGCAUGGUUUAUAAGUGCUUGACAUGUGGUAUUAAAACUUUUAUGUAAUUGAUUGAUGAUUUGCAUAGGUGUAAAACAUCUUACUUAAAUGAUCCCUGUUUGUCAUGCAUAUUAGCAGUAACUGACAGCAAUGUCAGUUACAAUGUCAAAAGUUGUAUCCAGGGCAGAAAGAGAAGGUUGGUAGCACAAACUGUGAUGAGAUCAAGCACGGCUUCACAGGUCAUGUUGACGUAGCUUGGCUCAGGGUGUGGGCAGUGUAUUGAAGUGGGCCAUUGAAAGAGACGGACAGCAGAGACUGCCAAGUGGAGAUAGAGGAUAAGUUUACAUUGAGAGAUCAUGGUGAAACACCUUGAUACUUAAAGAGGUGAACCUCUGUUAAUGUGCAUCAUACCAGACCCAGGCACAGUAGAAGAGCUUGCAGUAUAUCUCAGAUACAACAUCAGUGAACACCAUAUUUGUAAAGUGUAUUCCAUGAGUUUAAUUCAAGAAGAGAUGGAAUGGUUUAGUUGUUUUUCUAUUUAACUGAGGAAUUAUUCAACUACACAUAAAAUGUGGAAGCCAUCAUGUGUCAUUGUUUCUGACAAAAGUUUUCUGUGGAUUUUCAUAUCCAGCUUGUGAAAUGCAUCUUUUUAUACUUUAUAUGAUCAUUAAUGUAAGGUUAAAGACUGCUGCCAGAAUUUUGUAUGAAAUUUAUUCAUUGAUUUGUUCAGGAAUGUAUCUAUAAACAGUGUGUGUGUGUGUGUGUGUGUGUGUGUGUGUGUGUGUGUGUGUGUCAUCCACAAAAUCUACAUUGUUGACAUUGUACAUGUUACCUUACCCUGGAGUGAUGUGAGAAACACUUCAUGGCACUGGCUGUUUGAAGUGUACUGUGUGUGUGUGUGAUAUGACCCAGAAAUUUGUCAUGACUUCUGUCUGAGACUAGUGAAGAGGUAGCUUGAAGGGGGCUUUUCUUCUCUUGUCUGCUGUUUUCUUUCCUUCCUUCCUCGAGUCCUGUGCUUGCUGAAAACUCUCUAUGCAUGAUCAGUUUUCACUGUCACUUACAGCUCUCUGACAUUACUUGGCAAAGUCACAUGAUUACAUAGUUACACUGAUCUUCUGUAUAUGAUAUAAAUAAAGUAAAUUGUGCAUAAUGACCAAGAUUUCAGGAACACUCACAUGAUGUUUAACAACUCUUAAAAUGACACCAGAAAGAGCAUGGUGACUUGAUUUUACACUGGUGAAGGAUGGUAUAGGCAGGCUUGACCCAGCACAGAGAGGGAGGCAAGAAAACCCAAGGCACACAUGCUAAUUUCUCCAUAUCACUCAUCUUGUUAUAUAGUGUAAGAGAUCCUACUCUGUUUUGUAUCGUCCUGUAUCUCGUGUCAUUGUGCAUUAUUUGUUGUACAUUAACAUGCAAGUGAUCCCUCUUGUAAAUGGGGAUUGGAUACACUAUGAAUGCAACAAAAGAAUAUAUUGUAAAAUUGAUAACAGUUCUUCCACAAGCUGAAUGUUGUUACUGGGGUCUUUUUUCUUUUUUACUUUGUUUUUGCAAGUUUUAGAAUAGCAUAGAACUUUUCCUUCCAUUUUAGUGCUUUCAAUCUUCUGUGAUUUUUUCUUUUUAACCCCAAGAACAUUCUGUAUAAAUCUAGCACUUCAAUCAUGAUUUCAUCGUUGUUCCUGUUGUGUACAUUUGAGCCAUUGUUAAGUUUGCAUGAGCUGGUACCAUCUCUCUGCAUCUUUUCUCCAUAGUGCCUCUUAACUGCCUACACAGAAAAUCCUUGUUUUUCACAGUGGGUACAUUUUGAACAUUAUUGAAAAUGUAUUCAGCAGAUGUGGUUUCCACAGAACAAAAAAGGAAAAAUGUGUGCACUUUUUAUUGAAAGCACUCUACAAAUUUUUUGUAGUAUAUACUCAAAUAUGUAUCAUUAUAGACUGCAGAAUGAAAAAUAAGGAUUCCUUGUGUUGCAUUACUGAGUAUCCUGCCUUCGUGCAGGAGGACAGCGAUGAGAACAAGCAGCAAGAUACAAAACUACUGCUGUCUUGACAGCCAUACUUUUCUCAUAGUUAAAAAUCUCAGUUUCAUGAUAAAUUGUGCAUGAUCAAUGUACAACUAGCCUUUCAUUAUUUCACCAGGAUUAGAUACCUGAAUAUCUGGAAAUACUGAAACAACUGGGCAGUAACACAGAAACAAGCAAGAAUAAUCUUGUUUGAAAAUUGUUGAAAAAGCUUAUCCAUUCCUGUCCUCUUGGUGAGGCAUGACACUGGCUUGGGCUGAGAGGAACAACUGCUGCUGUGUGCAGCUGCUCUCACCAAAUAGGACUGUGUUGGAUCUCUGUUCUCUUUGUGUUAGAAAGUUUGUUCAGUUAGUGUAAUUUAUAUAUUUCAGACUUGCAUAUUGAUGACCAUUUUCAUUAUCGGUACUUGUGUUUUCCAUUCAUUGAUUUGGCUAGUGAUAGGGAGCUGUGGCUGUAGGGGUGUUCACCACAUGGGGUAAAGUACCUAUAUAUUACAAGUAACCAUAUUUUUAUUAGAUGUUUAGUGGGUGUUGUAAAGUAUAUGCAUAUCUAAAUUGUACGUAACAUUAAUGACCAUUCACUUAGCUUUGUACAUAUUAAAGUUGGAAGUAUAAUUGCUUACUUGGUGAAAGAUCACUUGUUAUAAGAGAAUGAGUGAAAGUUAUAGUUUUGUGGCUUGAAUGAGUGAUGCAUGAGUGGCCGUGUGUCCCAUGUCUGUCUGGCCAGCUUACUGUGUCUAAUGAGGUUUUCUUUUAAUUUUUCAUCCUUUUUGUUUCUCCUAGCCUUCAUUUUGACUUCCUUCCUAGUCAAGUAUGGGAUUUAGGGCUUCAGAUGAGAAGAGAAGCAUAUAUAUUAUGUUACUGUGUAAGUCUUAAGUUUGAGGAUGAGAGGUUGUGCUCCUUCCCUGUGAAUACCAAGGUUGUUGUUGAUGAUCUUGCAGAGAAGACUGUAUCAGCUUUAUCAAGAAAUCAGUUACUGUGGUUUCCUCUUCCUCAUCCUUCCUUAACCUCAUGCAGUUACCCACAUUCAUCUGUAGUGGUGGGAUAGUCAAGGACAACUGUACUCCAUUUGUAUGGUUGUGACUAAUCACUAUGGUUAGAUCAGUAAUGAAUUGUGCAUCUCGAGUGUUGCUUUGAGGUUUCAGUCUCCAGCCACUUAGCUUCCCCUUUGCAUCAGUUCCUCAAGUGCUUGAAAACACAAGUUAUCACACUGUGGUGAGAUUUUUGUCUUACUUAUGUCUUGGUGUCAGGAGGAUGGUUUACAACAUUGAAAUUUGCCUGAAUUUUUGUAUAUUUAUGAGGUUGGUGUAUUCCACUGUAAAUGAUGUGAAUUUUGUAUUGCUUUUAACUUCUCCAAAAUAUUUGCACAUCAUAUCCUGCAAUAGAUCUUGUUACAUUAAGACUCGGUCUCAGAAAUCUUAACUUCUACUUUGCUUGGAUUCAUGAAAUUGAAUUUGUAUGUAGAAGUAACAGUCACUGAAUUAUUUGAAUUGUUUUAAGAAAGCUUCAGAUAUCAACUUUGAAACAGUGAUAAAAAAAAAAAAAAAUACAAUGAUUGGAAACAGUGGAGUGGAGAUUGACUUCUUGUCUGUUUUUUGCAAAACCAAAAUUGUGCUAUAUGCAUCCUAAGGUGUGUCAGUGAAACACUGCUGACGGAUGAGCAUGUAGAUAAAAAGGAACUUGGAAAGGAAAGAAGAGGAAGCUAGAAAAAAUUAUUUAUUACUAAGCUUUUCUGUUGAUAAUACAUAGUAGUACUUAAAACACAGUAGUUUGUUGCAGUGUUGAACAGAGGCAUAAGCAUAAUAAUAAGGAUGGCUGGUAUGCAAUUGCUUUCAGCCAUAGAAAAAUGUAGAAAUUUAAGUUACAUUAAUAUAAAUACCAAUACAUUUUUUUUUCUUAUGCUCUGUUAUAAAAAUUUUAGGGUUAAUUAUUAAAUUUUUGUCUAGUGAAAUGUGAUUACCUAACAAGAAUCAGGUUUCACUAGGAGAUUUAAAGAUAGUGAAGCAGUAGAAAACUGAGCCAUUCAUCUUUAUUGUACCUAUUGUACCACUUAACACAUUGAUGCUGGUGUGCUGUGGUCAGUUCUUUUGUUGCCUGAAUUCAGACUUUUGGGGCUGGUAGGUUCCCCUCUCAAAACACCAUCAGUUACCCCUCAGAGGUACAUAAUAUGGCCUGAAAAGUAAAGAACAAAUCAACUGGGAUUACCAAGGAUAAGGAAAGGAAAAAAAAAAAGACAUUCCCUAACACUGAACAGAAAGUUGAACUGUUAAUGAAAUUUUGUAGAAUCAGUUAUGUUCCACUUUUAGUUGAAUAAUGGUGUACUAAAGAUAAACUUAAGUCCAUGUAUGUAAUUAAGAUUCCCAUUGUGUACAGAGGACAAAUUGUAUUAUUAAUGUUUUAUGAUGUGAAAUUUCCUUAACUAGUUCAGCUUUCUGUUAUUUAAUCUGCAUCAACAUUUUAGUCAUUUAUAUGUAUCUUAGGUAUAAGUUUAAGAGGGAGUCUGAUUUUUGCUUCUUAUGUAUGUGUUUGCCAUCAAUCUCUAUAGAAACAGCCUAAGUAGAUGACAAUGAAUGGAAAACUUGAAUAAUUCCUUUCCAAAUAAACACACACCUUACCUGUUGCACUCAAUACACUCUCUCUCUCUCUCUCUCAACUGAAUAUUUGAUGUUGAACUGUGUCAUUGAUAGAGUGGAUGCUUUCAUUUUGUUUUUGGCAAAGUAAGGCAUCUUGUACUGUUUUGUACACACACAUGUGAAUGAUAUAUUAAUGAGUUCACUGAAUUAAGUACCAGUCUUGCUAAAUGUUCAAUGAGGUACAAAGCUGUCACUCUUCAAUGCCUGGUCUUAAUGUUUCCAUCUCAUCACAAGAAAUGUGUUGUGAGCCACCAAUGUGCUGCUGUACUGAUGUAGCGGUGUUGUAAUCAAACAACUUGGCAGGAAGGGAAAGAGUUUUUUUUUUUUUUUAAGUUGUGAAUUAUUCAUAUAGUACUUGUAUUUGAUCUUUUAUUUUAUUUGUAUGUAUUUAUUCAUUUAUAUAUUUUUAUGGGUUGAACAGUACGGGGCAGAAGGAGGAACUGGUUGUGGCCUUGAAGACAUGGGUUAGUAUUGUCUAUUUUUGUUAACGUUUCUCUUACAUAAAUCAUUCCAGUGUACAGAAGACAGCUGUCAUACUCAUGGCAAUACAUACAAUCCAUGUAAAAUGUACAUUUGUCUUGCUGUUGAUGAUAGCAUUGAACCAAACCUCAUAAAAUACUUACUAAUGCAAUGAGCCACUCAGUGUACUCUUAUUUUUAAUGCAUUUUCUGGGAACAGAGUGCAAAUGGUUAAACUCACCCAUUUUGUAGCUGUAGGGUUGUGUGUUGUUUGAGAGCAGGGUGCUGGCUGAGGGUUCCAGUGUGUACAGAGGGUGUGUACCCCCUGCCAGUUCUUGAAUCAAUAUAUAUCUGCCAUGUAAGAGGCCUUAACCCAAUCAUGUAGUUGUGUGAAUGUGAAACUAAUGAGGUCAACCUUCCCACAAAAUGUUAUGUAACAAAUAUUGUUGUGUUGUAAUCUUUGGUUUUAUUUUGGUUUCUAUAGGGAUGACCUUCAAAAGGUCUUCUCAGGAAAGUUUAAGUAGCUGGAUGACCUUUUCCUGGUGACCUAAAUGGCUCCACUAGGUUGGAGUAGCUGAAUAACCAUUUCCUGGUGACCUACAGGGUUCCUUGCUAGGUUGCUGUAGCUGGAUGACCUUGUUCUGGUGGCCUCCUUAAGGGUUCCUUGAAUAGUUGUUGAAUAACCUGUUGGUUUGCUGUGUAGUGUGUUCAGAAAUAGACCAGUACAGUAUAUCCGUCAUCUGCUAGAAAAAAACACUUUACUUUUGUAUAAUUUAUAUGAUGAACAUUGUCAGAUGGCAUUCCUACCUUGGUUCCUGUGUAAAUAAUGUUAACUUCAUUAUCUCAUAUAUCUGAAAAAUAUAUUUGCCAGAAUUUACAAAAAUGCAAACACAUUAUAAGAUAGGAAUUUUGUUGAUAUUAAGGGAAGAGAGUGACAUGUCUUAGUUAUCAACCUACCCUGGUGACUGAUUGCCAAAACAAAUUGUUAAACACUUGUUUUAGAGACUUAUUUGCAGUUGUUACUUUUGGAAAAAAUUACAUAUACCUGCACAUAAGAAAACCAAUCAUGUGCAUGCUGAAAGUUGUCACCUGGACCUAAAUUUACAUGGUGUUAGGUCUGUAGUUCUUGGUGGAGACCAGAGAUGUAGCAGAGUGUGCCCCAUCAUUAUUUUGUACCUCAAGAUUCCAGAUAAGCACAAGCCAAAGUCAGGGAAUUUAUAUAGUUUUCAUAAUUACUAAGUACAUAAGUGAUAUCAUAAAGAUUAAGACCUAAAGAGAAAAGUGGAGAUGUCAGAACUGUCUGCCCAUAGUAGGUAAUAAUAAACUGAAAAAUUAAUUAAAGAAUUGAACUUUAAGAAUAAAUAUUUAAGAAUAUUUAAGAAUAAAUAUUUUCUAUAGACCAUAAAGAUUAACCAUUCUCCAUGUCUUUUUAUGGAAAUUAAAAAGUUUAGAAAGUAGAAUCUAAGUAAAUAGAUUAAUAGAAUCCAAGGGAAUGAAAAUAUGAAAGAUUUUUUGACAUCCGGAAUAUAUCUCGUGUAGAUUCACUCACAUGCUUAAGAUUACCCGUGUUUGGAUCUGGGCCUCAAGUGCUCUACUCUAAGGAUAAAUAAUGAAAUGAGGGCUAGACUUAGAGGAGGUGAACAUAUGCAAUACUCCUAUCUGACUACAUUCAACAAUUUCACUGCAGAAAAGUAAUUAAGGUAACAAAACUUGGGUGGAAAGAAAAAUGGAUGUUCACAUUUCAUGUUGCCAAAUUAAUGUUGGGAAAAGAUUGUGGACAGAAAGGAAAAUUGUAUGUUUUAUUGUGUGAAUUAGUUUGUCAUGUGGGGAUAUGUAUCCAGAUAUUGAAUUGUGCAGAGGACAACUGCUGGAGGGAGAUAUACAUACAGGAAAGUCACUGUAUGUAUAAGGGAGGAUUGAGAACUGAACCAUAGUUUUGACAUACUCUGUGUGAGAGAGUGAGAUGGAAGUGUGAUGUCACUAUUGCCUUCAAUUGUAUAUAUUGUAUGUUAGAGUAGCAGUGAAAAGAAUGUCCUAAGUGGGAAUUACAGACCAAAGAGAAGUUUGAUGGGAAAGAAAUAAUUUAGUUUUAUCAAGGGUAUUCUACUUCAAAGUAGAGUGAACUAGACAUUUUCACAUCAGUGCAAGAGGAUAAUUAAAAGCAUAUAAGAAAGUUACAUUAAAAGAAAGUGAUGCAAAACAGUUUUGGAAGUCAUACCUACAGUUUUGGAGUCUGGCCUAAACCUAGUUUAUGAAAAGAAAGAAGAAAUGAAAGAGUUUAAUUAUCUUGGCACAGGUUUCUGCAAGUCUGAAUAGAGGAGUAUGAAAAGAGUAAUGGAAGAGAACCAAGUCUUAGAAAUCUUUUGUUAAAUCACAAAAGGGGGACUAUAAGAGUGGAAAUUCAAAUAUGAGACUACCAUACAUUAAACAUUAAUAUAGAUCCAGUCAAUAUGGGAUAUGAAAAAAUGAAAAGGAGCAUGUAACAAGAGAAUAUGGAUAAUAAAUUAAACCAGAACAAUUAAAUGGUUUGGACUAGAGUGAGUUUAGAAAAAAAGUAAAGGACAGUUACAGAUGGCACUGAUGUGAGAUAGGUGAACAGGAUAUAUCAAUUUAUAAAUUAAAGGGAAAAAAAUGGUUGUGUAACAAAUACUGUACAUAGAAUGGGACCUGAGCAAUACAGCUUUGCAGGGAGUUUGUAGAAAAAAUUAAACACUACAACCAACAAAUACAAGUAGCAUGACUGAGCUUUAGCAGUCAAGUCAAGGUACAUAAUAUUGACAAAAUUUCACAAAAUUUGGUAUGUGUUGAGCACAGUGAAUGUAAGAAAUUUGUUCAUGGUUGCAACUAUGAAACAAUAAAGUCUGGAACAAAUGAAGAGUGACAAAUGUAGAUGAUGAAGGCAUUCAUGUGAGAGUUCGCGAAAGGAGCGAAAGUAUCCUCCACAAAUGCAGCUUCCACCACUUACCAUUACCAUAUUAUGGUGAACAAAAGCACUACAUGUAACUGUACCAGAGACAUGAUGUAAAAGUGUUGAAGGCUUGUUUAAAGCUCUUCAGAGCAGAACUUCACAGAUGGGUGCUACUCUUGACACCAUUGGCACUGGUAGGUGUGUCAUGUAGUAAUGCAAUGCCACAUGCACCUCUCAGUGCCUGGUAGCAGACUUCAUGAGAAACACGGUGUAACUUUUUUUUAUGUAUCUCCAGAUAGUUUGAAAUUGAAAACAUAUUGUUGAUUUUCUGGCAGAUGCUCGUGUCACUAUAGGUUGUAGACUUACCAUGACU